AUGGAGGAGCUACCUCUGGCUCUAUCUGACUGUCUACCUCCCAGGCCAGGCAGAGGGAACCUCCCAGGCCAGGCAGAGGGAACCUCCCAGGCCAGGCAGAGGGAACCUCCCAGGCCAGGCAGAGGGAACCUCCCAGGCCAGGCAGAGGGAACCUCCCAGGCCAGGCAGAGGGAACCUCCCAGGCCAGGCAGAGGGAACCUCCCAGGCCAGGCAGAGGGAACAUCCCAGGCCAGGCAGAGGGAACAUCCCAGGCCAGGCAGAGGGAACCUCAUAGGCCAGGCAGAGGGAACCUCCCAGGCCAGGCAGAGGGAACCUCCCAGGCCAGGCAGAGGGAACCUCCCAGGCCAGGCAGAGGGAACCUCAUAG